UUCAAUGAAUGGACCUGCCUGGACUCUUUGAACAAAUGAAUAAACAUGAGUGGCACCAAACCUGAUAUUCUGUGGGCGCCCCAUCAGGUUGAUAGAUUCGUUGUAUGUGACUCCGAACUGAGCCUGUAUCAUGUGGAAUCUAAUGUGAAUUCAGAACUCAAAGCUGGAUCAUUACGUUUAUCUGAAGACUCUGCAGCUACCUUACUGUCGAUAAAUUCAGAUACUCCCUAUAUGAAAUGUGUUGCCUGGUAUCUCAAUUAUGAUCCUGAAUGUCUUCUGGCAGUUGGACAAGCAAAUGGUCGCGUUGUUCUUACAAGUCUUGGUCAAGAUCAUAACUCAAAGUUCAAAGAUUUAAUAGGAAAGGAAUUUGUUCCAAAACAUGCCCGGCAAUGUAAUACUCUUGCUUGGAAUCCACUGGAUAGUAACUGGCUUGCCGCUGGUCUAGAUAAGCACAGAGCUGAUUUUUCAGUGCUAAUAUGGGAUAUCUGUAGUAAAUAUAGCCCAGAUAUAGUUCCCAUGGAGAAAGUGAGGCUGUCAGCAGGAGAAACGGAAACCACGUUGUUAGUAACGAAACCGCUCUAUGAACUAGGGCAGAAUGAUGCUUGUCUCUCUCUCUGUUGGCUUCCACGAGACCAGAAACUGCUGCUGGCUGGCAUGCAUCGUAACCUAGCCAUAUUCGAUCUGCGGAAUACAAGCCAAAAGAUGUUUGUGAAUACAAAAGCUGUUCAAGGGGUGACAGUAGACCCAUACUUCCAUGACCGUGUUGCGUCCUUCUAUGAAGGUCAAGUUGCAAUAUGGGAUCUUAGAAAAUUUGAGAAGCCAGUUUUGACUUUGACUGAGCAGCCAAAGCCAUUGACAAAAGUAGCAUGGUGUCCAACAAGGACUGGUCUGCUGGCCACUUUAACAAGGGAUAGUAAUAUAAUUAGAUUGUAUGAUAUGCAGCACACCCCCACUCCUAUUGGGGAUGAAACUGAACCCACCAUAAUUGAAAGGAGUGUGCAGCCUUGCGAUAAUUACAUUGCUUCCUUUGCCUGGCACCCAACAAGUCAAAAUCGGAUGAUAGUGGUAACUCCCAACCGAACCAUGUCUGACUUCACUGUUUUUGAAAGGAUUUCUCUUGCCUGGAGCCCAAUUACAUCUUUAAUGUGGGCUUGUGGUCGCCAUUUGUAUGAAUGUGCAGAAGAAGAAGAUGACAGUUCUUUAGAAAAAGAUAUAGCCACAAAGAUGCGGCUUCGGGCUUUAUCAAGGUAUGGACUUGAUACGGAACAGGUGUGGAGAAACCACAUUUUGGCUGGAAAUGAAGAUGCACAGCUCAAGUCACUCUGGUACACUCUCCACUUUAUGAAGCAGUAUACAGAAGAUAUGGAUCAGAAAUCUCCAGGCAACAAAGGAGCGAUGGUUUAUGCUGGAAUUAAAUCCAUUGUGAAAUCCUCAUUGGGAAUGGUGGAAAGCAGCAGACAUAACUGGAGUGGAUUAGAUAAGCAAACUGAUAUUCAGAAUUUAAGUGAAGAGAGGAUCUUAGUUUUACAGCUGUGCGGGUGGAUAAAGAAAGGAACAGAUGUUGAUGUGGGACCAUUCUUGAACUCCCUGGUCCAGGAAGGGGAGUGGGAGAGAGCUGCUGCCGUGGCAUUGUUCAACUUAGAUAUUCGACGAGCAAUUCAAAUUUUGAAUGAAGGGGCGUCUUCAGAAAAAGGAGAUCUCAAUCUCAAUGUGGUAGCCAUGGCAUUAUCAGGUUAUACGGAUGAGAAGAACUCCCUGUGGAGAGAAAUGUGCAGCACUCUGCGAUUACAGCUGAACAAUCCGUAUCUGUGUGUUAUGUUUGCUUUUCUGACAAGUGAAACAGGAUCAUAUGAUGGAGUUUUGUAUGAAAACAAAGUUGCAGUACGUGACAGAGUGGCAUUUGCUUGUAAAUUUCUUAAUGAUACUCAGUUAAAUAGAUACAUCGAAAAAUUAACCAAUGAAAUGAAAGAGGCUGGAAAUUUGGAAGGAAUUCUGCUGACAGGCCUUACUAAAGACGGAGUGGACUUAAUGGAGAGUUAUGUAGAUAGAACUGGAGAUGUCCAAACAGCAAGUUACUGCAUGUUACAGGGUUCUCCUUUAGAUGUUCUUAAAGAUGAAAGAGUUCAAUACUGGAUCGAGAAUUAUAGAAAUUUAUUAGAUGCUUGGAGGUUUUGGCACAAGAGAGCAGAAUUCGAUAUUCACCGGAGUAAGUUGGAUCCCAGUUCCAAGCCUCUAGCACAGGUGUUUGUUAGCUGCAAUUUCUGUGGCAAGUCUAUCUCCUACAGCUGUUCAACUGUGCCUCAUCAGGGUCGAGGCUUCAGUCAGUAUGGAGUCAGUGGCUCACCAACAAAAUCUAAGGUCACAAGUUGUCCAGGCUGUCGGAAACCCCUUCCUCGCUGUGCACUUUGCCUCAUUAAUAUGGGAACCCCUGUUUCCAGUUGUCCUGGAGGAUCCAAAUCAGAUGAAAAAGUGGACUUGAGCAAGGACAAAAAACUCGCUCAGUUUAACAACUGGUUUACAUGGUGUCACAACUGCAGGCAUGGUGGGCAUGCUGGUCACAUGCUUAGCUGGUUCAGGGACCACGCAGAGUGCCCUGUGUCGGCUUGUACAUGUAAAUGUAUGCAGUUGGAUACAACAGGGAAUCUCGUACCGGCAGAGACUGCCCAGCCAUAAAAUGUUAGCACCUAAAGAGAAACCUUCGAGUGUGGAGCUAGUAGAAAUCCUUCAUAGCUCAAAACAUACCUCAGAACAAGGCACUCAUGACUCUCCUGUAAUGGGAAAUAAAUCAUUCUAUCAGA